AUGAGCAGUCAAUGUGUUUCACCGUUUUACAAAGCUAAAAGCUGCUCUUCCAUGGGCAUGUUUAAUAUCUCCAUGGGAAAACUGCAGCGACAACUCUACAAGGGAGAAUAUGCUAUAUUUGCAUAUGCGCCAAUGUUUGAGAGUGACUUUAUCCAGAUCAGCAAAAAAGGAGAAGUGAUGGAUGUGCACAACCGUAGCCGAGUGGUGACAGUGGGCAUUGUCUGCACCAGCCCUAGCCUCAAAGUGCCCGAUGUCAUGCUGCUGGCACAACCAACUGCAAACCAGGAGCAGCACACCACAUGGGACUAUGACACCAAGGAAAAACGCCACAAGUGUGCACAGACCUUGGAGUUAACAAGGCUGCUUCCCUUGAAGUUUGUAAAGAUAUCCAUCCAUAAUGGUGAAAAACAACAGCUCCGCCUCAAGUUUGCCACAGGUCGCUCUUUUUACCUUCAGUUGUGUCCCCCUUCAGACAAAAGAGAAGAUCUUUUUGUUUACUGGGAAGAUCUCAUUUACCUCCUGAAACCCCCAGUGGAGGCUUACAGCGGCACCCCGGCCAUCCUAGCUGGGGACACAAUGGACAUACCUGUGUUUGAGACAGAGGACAUAAGCGCAGUAGUAAGUCUUCAGAGAGACUCUAGAGGAUGGGGCCAGGGCACAUAG